UAUGGCGCAGUUGAAUUCCGUCGAGGUCUUGUCGGAGUGAUUCAGAAGCUUACCCUUCUGCACGGGAGGAGCCAUUUCGCUCCGCUUUCUGAUUGAGAUCCAAUAAAUUCUAUAAAUGGCGCCCUCAGUAAUAACAACAACGGCAACAUGACGAUCAGCGCGCCUCACCCCACCUACGUAAUACUGGGCUCCGGCGGCCACACGGCGGAGAUGUGCCGGCUGACCCAGGCGCUGCUACAACAGACAGACAUCGAACAGACGGAGAAGUACCAGCCAAUUAGACUGAUCCUGGCCAACAGUGACUCAACUUCCGAGCGCCAGUUCAGGCAGAUCAUGCCGCAGGCUGCCCAGAGUGCGGAAAUCGCGAAGGUGCCGCGCAGCCGCAACGUGGGCCAAUCCUGGCUGAGCAGUAUCUUCACCAGCCUGUGGGCGCUUCUCUGGAGCUGCUAUCUGGUUUGGCGUGAUCGCCCCCAGCUGAUCCUCUGCAAUGGACCCGGCACCUGUGUGCCCUUCUGCUAUGCCGCCUACCUGUGGCGCCUCCUCGGACGCCUGCCCUCGCACUCCAGGAUCGUGUUCGUGGAGAGCUUCUGCCGCGUGGAGACGCUGUCGCUGAGCGGACGCCUGCUCCUUCCGCUGGCGGACCUCUUUGUGGUCCACUGGCCGGCGUUGGCCACGCGCUAUGUGGAUAAAAAGAACGUGCGAUAUUUUGGGCGAAUCCUGUAACAUAUUUUAAAUAAAACAAAUAAUUUUUGAAGUA